AGUCGCACCUUUAAACGUCAUAUAAUUUCAGAAAAUAUGUUUUUGAACGUGAAAUAAAGUAAAUAUCUAGGUAGUACAUUUUGUAAAUAAUUUACAAGAACAACGGGGAGUAAAAAUGAGUGAAGAUCAAGACGCUAAGGAUUCCCAUUCAGAUUCUGGCAGUAAAACUUAUGGAAAGAAAAGUGUGGAUAAAAAGGCCAAACCUCUUCGACCCCUGACGAAAAUAAUUUUACGACGUUUGCCUCCAACAAUGACGGAAGAAGCUUUCCUAGAACAAGUGUCUCCAAUACCAGAGCAUGAUUUUUUCUAUUUUUCAAAACCUGACCCGUCGUUGGGCGGAAAUUUUUGUUCAAGAGCAUACAUAAAUUUUGUAAACGUUGACGAUAUCUAUUUGUUCAGAGACAAAUUUGAUGGUUAUGUGUUCUUGGAUGAUAAAGGUGUUGAAUAUGUUGGAAUUGUAGAAUAUGCACCAUUUCAAAGAAUACCAAAGAAAAAGAAGAAGAAGGAUCCUAAAUGUGGUACAAUUGAGAGUGACCCCAUUUAUCAAGAGUUUUUAGAAAGCUUAAGUAAAGAACAAGAAAGUGAUAAUCAACCUAAGCUUGAAUAUUCCUAUCCUGUUAAUGAUAUAAGCGAGAAAAAAGUUCAAACAACACCUUUGCUAGAAUACUUAGCAGCACGUAAACAAGACAAAAGAGGUAGAGAUGAGAGACGUAGGAGGGAAAAUGACAAAAGGAAAAUGAGAAUUGAGAGGAAGGGUAGAGAUCUAUCUAUUAAGUGUGGCGAAGUGUCUGAGGAUGAAAAUAAUGAUUUCUGCUACAAAACCAACAAGCAAAAUAUUUGGUAUGGUGAACAAAGAAUGUAUCAUAAAACAAAAUUUAAAGAUCCAAGCAACAACAAAUCGGAGAUAGGUGAAUUGAAAACUUGUCAUGGCUCUGAGGAAGUUAUUAGCACAGAUUCUGAUUGGGAUACACAGUUUCCGGCGCUUACUACAAAAACUCAUAACACCUUUACAUUGACUUCUAUGCUGCAUGACAGUCAAGAUGUUCUUGAAGUUAGCAAAAAUAGUGGUGGUGAUACUAUCUUAAAGGAGGAAGAUAUAGAUGAUGGUGAUGUGAGAAAAAUAAAAUCGAGAGAUUGGGACAAUUCCACCAGUGACUUCAAGGAUGAUCAGCUUAGGGAGGAUUAUAAGGAAGGAUCAAAAUACGAAUCUCGAGCAUAUCGUAAAAUAGGAUCUUAUAAUUCCAUUGAUAAGAGGAAAAAAAUUGAAGGAGAUAAAAAGAGUACUUCACCGAAUGAAGAAGAUGUUUUGGAUGAAGUUGAGUCAAAAAAAGAUAAAUUUGAUAAAAUAAAAGAAUCACCUAGAGAACAGAAAAGUAAAAAGUAUAGUGAUACAAGAAAAGAGAGAAUAAAAUUGGCAGAGACUCCAAAGUCUGACAAACAGGCUGUAAUUAGUAAAAUGAUUAAUUCUGAAAGUAAAGGAAGGUCAAUGAACCAUGAUGAUAUAAAGCCAUUUACUCAGUUGCCACAUGUUAAAACUGAUGACUUGACAAAAAUGAUUGAAAAUAUCAAACUGAAAGCCGAUGAGCAAAAGGGCAAUUCGAAAGAAACAAAUGAGGAAAUAUUUGAGAGGCACCAUAAGUCAGAAUUAACAGUCAAUGACACUAAAAAGAGAAGAAACAGCCUGGAGCCAGGAGACUUUACAAUUAAAGAAGAAAAUGCUUUACAAAAGCAAAAAUCACUUGACGAUAGGAGUAGGUCUGUAGAACGUCAAGACUCUGAUGAGAAAGAAAAAAGUGAAAGUACAGAUUGUCGCACAGAGAGGAGAAUCAGAAAUAAGGACCGUCCAAGUCUUGUGAUUUAUCAACCGGGAAUGGGCAAACUAAGUAAACAGCGCAUGGCAAAGGACAAAGAAGCACCUGUAAAUGAAAGUGAAAAGAAAGACACUUGAGACUCACAAUCACGUCACCACAAAUUUGGACAACAUUCAACGGAAAACCCGAUGCUGGCAUUCAGAAAUGUUUCUCGAAGACUGUAGAUGAGGAAGUUGAUAUUGCCAACUGAAGGAAUAACUGGUCAUGAUAUUGUUAUUUUUACUGUCAUUUAUAAAAUUGAAUGCCUCUGAUAUUACAUGUUCGACAAAAUCAGUGUUAUAAAAAUAAUUUACGCAGUAUAUUUCAUUUUUAACUCAAUUUAUUUCAAUUAAAUAUAACAUUUUAAAGUACUCGUUUCUGUUUGAUGGGUAUUAUGUGAUAUAUACUUACAACAUGGUUUAUUUUAUAAAGUCCUAUACUUACCUCUGAAAAAAUUAACCAUUUCAAGAUUACCCAUCGUCGAUCUUUAGUGGAAAACGGGGUAUUCCCAUGGGGAUUAACAAAACAGUUGCUAUGUCACUAUUGUAUACUAGAGGCUAGCAUAUUUCAGUCUCACCAUUGAUUUCAAUAGUUAGAGUAUGAGGUGGAGGUCGAUUACUGUCUGGAUGCUUGACGGGAACAUAUAAACCUCAGCAUGUGCAUUCAAUUAUAAAUGAAAAUUUAAAAUUAAGAUAACUAUUUUUUUUUUAUCAUUGUGUUUAGGACUUGCCCUGUAAUAAGUUUUUUUUUAAUAUAUAUAAAUUAAGCUUCUGA